CUCAGCAAGUGCCUGAUUCUACUGUCGUUUUUUUUCUUCUCAAGAUUUAUCACGGCACGACGCUCUUGAGUAACCACGAGUUCCCGAUUUUCGGCCACUCACCACCCUCACAUCGAUAGCUCCGGAUCGUGGCUGCAGCCCGUCGUCGAUCUAGCUUACUCUGCAUCAUACCUUGGUGGAUAUAGGGACCAAUUCCCGUUUCUCGGUCCUCUUGGUCAAACCCCUUCUUUAGACGUCCCCGACCCCGACGGGACAUAGCCAUAGCGACCACCAUGUUGUCGCCAUCACUGUCGCUGAAGCGCUCCUUGCUUCUUUCAGCCCUCUUUGCCUCUUCCCUGCUAUCGACUGGUGUAUUGGCGCAACAACCAUCGUCGUCGACAUCUAUCUCUCCUAGCUCGGCUAGCACAUCAAAAGUGACCAUCACUCCUACGGCAUCCGAAACCUCGCCUACUUCGACCGGAACUGAGACUGUCCCCCCAUUGACGAUUGGGAACACAGAUGCAGCGACGGGACCACCUACACUCCUAACCGGUCUUCCAACUCUCACCAAAAUUGGUAUCCCGGAUUAUCCCGCGCCGACCGUUCCUCCUACACAAAAUGCGCCCUUCAUGAAACACUCGUCGCUCCCCGACGGCACCGUCUUCAUCUGCGUCGGCGCCAUCCUCGGCGCCUUUGGUCUGGCUAUUGUCAUCUGGCGAACCGUCAUUGCCUGUCUCCUCCACCGUUCCGUCGAGCGCGCUGCUAUGGCCCAGAACCUCGGCGACGACAAGGGCUUCCCGUCCCCGCCCAAGUUCUACAAGUAUUCAGAUCUCAACUCGAACCCCUCGCUCGUCGGCGGUAGCAACACCGGCCUCGCCAGCAACCGCAAGUCGCGCGGCCCGGCGCCCGCCGCCGGUACCCCCAGCCAAAGCCAGCUGUUCUUCUCGCCGACUGCGCAACCGGGAGACCGCAACAGCACCAUGGCCAACAACCGCCACUCGACCUUCCUUCCCUCCGGAUUCUACGCUUCUUCGGCCGCUGCUCCUAUGGGUCACAGUCACGGUAACUCGAUCAGCAUGUCGAACCUCCGCCCGAUGUCAAGACGGCCUAGUGGUGGUAGCAUGAUGGGACAGACGCCGCCCGAGUCGCCGAAUGUUGGACCGGUAAUGGGUACGACGACGAGGACGUCACCGUCCAGAGGUUUUAGCAGUAGCUCGGUCAACCAGUUGAACAGACCAGAGAGUGGGCGCGCACCGAGCGCGUUCUUGGAUGAUUUGCUGGGCGAUAACCCGCAGGCGUUCCCUCCUCCGGGGGGAUACAAUAACCCGGGCUAUCACGGGGGUCAUCAUGAUCCUAGGCACAGUGGGAGGUAUUAAGUUGGUUGGGAUUUGGAACAACCAGAAGACCAUGGG